AUGGCCUUGAAUGGAUUGACUGCAACAGCGAAUGGGCUCACCGUGGAGAAGCCAUUCCUCCCUCGGGUUAUCGAGUUUGUGAAAGCUCAGGCCUUGAGAGGCUCACAGGACUCCAAAAUGAAAGCUCGGAGUGAGGACGAUGAACCACCCGAGCCACAAUAUUGUCUUUACCCCAGGGAGAGGCUGCAGAAAUUGUUUGGUGAGAUGAGUCCCCGAAGGGUUGGACGUGGUCUCCAAAAUCUGGGAAAUACCUGCUACUUCAACAGUGUUCUACAAGUGUUGACGUACGCGGUGCCUCUGCAGAAGUACUGCUUGACGAAGGAGCACUCUGCAGGCUGCAUGGCCAAGCGGGAUGGAACCCUUUGCACGUUAUGCCUGCUGGAGGGACACCUGCAAGCAGUCUUCGACGCACAAAAGGCGGCAUUCCGACCUGUGGGCCUGCUGCGCCACCUUCCGCAGAUCGCAAGGAGGUUUCAGUCCAGAGGACGGCAGGAAGAUGCACACGAGUUCCUGAUUCACUUUUUGGAUUCGUGCCACAAGUCCUUCCUGAAGUCUGUCACUGCAGAGUCGUCUUUGCCGCGACCGGUUCAGCAAACCACAGUGAUCGGCCAAUUGUUCGGUGGGCAUUUGCGCUCGCAGGUUCUCUGCAAGAGGUGCAAGUAUGCGUCGAACACUUUCGACCCAUACAUGGACAUCAGCUUGGAGGUCCAAAACGCCAACACCCUCGAGAAAGCACUGGAAGGUUUUACCAGGAGUGAAGCUCUAUCGGGUGCCAACAAGUACAUGUGCAAGAAGUGUGAGCAGAAAGUGGAUGCCACCAAGAGGUUCUCCAUACACUCCGUUCCUCCGCUGCUGACCUUCCAGCUGAAGCGGUUUGAUUUCUUUCAUGGUCUGCGCGGCAAGCUUAAAAAACUCGUGAAGUUUCCCACGUCGCUGGACAUUGCACGCUUCACCAGUCACCCGCAGCAGCAGGCCCGUUACCGACUGUACGGUGUCGUGGUUCAUUGUGGGCAGUCUGCCAAAAGCGGACAUUACAUCGCAUUUGCCAAGCAUAACAGCGCGUGGCAUUGUUUCAAUGAUGAGGACGUCCGAACUGUAGCAGAGCCAGAAGUGCUCAAGCAGGAGGCCUACUUGCUCUUCUACCAGUCUGAACAAGCCGAGAAGGCUGCAAAGGCUUCGGUCCAACUGGCCGCAAAGGAAACAGUACAAGCUGUUCAACAGGCAGCCGAUGGCAAAGCCAAAGCUGACCAUGUGCCAUCCGUUGCAGUGCAUGUCAACGGCAAAGUAAAUGGCAUGGUGAAGCACAAUGGAACCCACAAAGUGGAAGAGUUGCUUUUGACGAAGCCUCCCAGGCCUUCAGCUCCGGGUGAGUCGAAAAGCGGCGAAGCGCAAAAGGAGCUCCUUGAGGUGGGCGCGGCGAGUGCGUCGAAGGAGCCUCCCAGAACCGCCAGAACGCUGGGCAAAAGGUCGCGCUUGUGUCGAUUGAACCGCCUACGCACGUUCCAGGCUCAUCUCAACCUUCUUGCAGAACAGAGAUCUUUGCAUGCAAAUGGUAUCCAAGGCCAAAAUGGUGACAAUGUGUCUCAACCGCUCAAAAGGGCAAGAGUUGUCCAGCAAGAUGCGGCUGAAAGGGUGGCGACAUCCACGGACUACACUACGCAGUAUGGACAAGCGAAGGUGGAUAGAUGGGACGAGCAGCACUUCACGGAGGAGCAAGAAAAGGCUUUUCAAAGCGUCCAAGAGAAACUGCAGCCACUCCCACAACGUCGAGACGCACUUGACUGGGAGUAUGAUGUGGGAAAGAAGAAGCACAAAGCAAAAAAAUCGAAGGUGCGCGCCACGGGGGUUGCAUCGUUGCUCUUCGGCUCUUCCCCCUCCCUCCUCUGA